AAUCGUACAUUCAGUCGUAGCCCGGCAUCGCGUAUACACACCAAAUAUAAUUUCACAUAGUCUAGACACUCAUACAACAAACGUUACACAAUAUUGAAAAGUGAAGUUUCCCGCGAUUUGUCAAUAAGUUACAAUGAAAUCGUUAUAACAACGAUUGUCGUUGAACCGAUUGAAAUAAUUAACGAUUUCUCUAUUAGAAAUCCCAAAUGCAUUUUAUCGAUCGCGUUGUUCGAAUGAGUGCGUGCAGCGUGCGAAUAAUAUCGUAAUACACCACGCGUGAUUUCUUUUCUCGUCAAUUUGAAAAUGGAAAAUUGAAACGCCAUUGUUACCGGCUCUACCUGCAACCGCCGCAAGGUCGACAAAAUUGGAUUUUCGUAGCUGGGGGAUACAUGAGAAUCUACUCGUUUCGAGAAAAAUGGCGAACACGGGACUCGAGGUACGCGAAACAGGACGAGUCCUACGAGUGCAAACGGAAACUCCACAUCUCGUAUCGACGGGAAGCGGAAGACUUUCCGUGGCCGUCACAUUGCACCCCUUACCGGAAGGGCGAGUUACCCUGGGAGCUGGAAGAGAGGCCGAUAUUUCCGUAACGGGAACUGGCGUCGAACCGAUUCACUGCACGAUCGAAAAUGAAAAUAACGUAGUGACGCUGUAUCCCAUAAACGGAAGGACGGCCGUAGACGGAAUCCUCGUCAACAGUCCCGUCCGACUGACGCAAGGUUGCAUGGUGUCGUUCGGUCGAUCGUGUUACAUGCGUUUCAAUCACCCCGCGGAAGCGAAGCAGCUGAAAUCGGUCCUCCCGAAUUCCCGGAUAUCAAUGGCUCCGAUAUCGUUUUCCCUCGGCGACAAUUUCGACAAUCAUUUGGACCGUAAACCUCCGUUGGCGCCUCGUAAAUCGCCGAGAAAUUCUUAUUCCGAGGAUGAAGGAGGAUUUCUCGGCAAACUCACCAAGUUCGAGAUGCUCGCUCGUCAAGGACGCGGGGUGUGCGUUUCGCCGAAAGUAUUUCCCGCCGGAAGUGUUACGGCCAACGUACCCGCCGAUCAGAUCCUCGGUUAUUCGAGAUCGCCGAGCCUCGUUUCGCUCUCGAAGAAUAACAACAACAACAACAACAAUUCACCCCUACAAAAUCUGACGAAUUUCGACAGGAGUAGAUCGAACACCCCGACCGCCAACCAGCAAAUCAUUCACGAGGACAACAGACUUCAACGUAGGGACGUCGGCAAGUCACCGGCGCCGGGAAUCAAUGGGAUAUCGUCGUCGAACACCUCCACCCCGAAUCACAACAAUCAGCUUCAAAGCUACGCGAACGGUCCUGAAUCGUUCGGAGUCGAGAGACAUCUUGGUUUCAAGCAGAUGUACGUGGAGAACAAUAACGAGAACAACAGAAACGAGGAGAACAGGAGGUUGGGUGUUCCCGGUCGCAGCGUAAACUCUACGUCGCAAAUGUCCCAGAGUCUCGUCUGUCAGAGAUCGUCCGAGUACGAUAAUUUCGGAAGGGAAUACGACAUGAGCCAAAGUCUGAUAGUCGCUAAAACAACCACGGAGUUCUUUCAGGUCGAACAAUUUGGUUCGAAUCCGAAUUUGAUCAGGGAUCUGGAACCCGGAGGUGCGAUCCGCAACGGAUCCCGCAGUCCAAGUUCUCAGCUCGGUUUCGGUUCGAACUCGAACGUACGAAGGAUUCAUCCGCCCAGUCCGGCGUUCAACAGAAACCCAAAGUACAGCGAUUUACAACCGAGGAGGACCUACGGUUCUCCGUCUUCCUACGGGAGGGUAAAAAGUCCCACGCCCAGUACGGGAAGCGGUUGUUCGAUCGAGGAAUUCAGAGAGCGGCAGAUCGAUGCCGAGAAUAAAAGAAAAGAGGCGGAAACCAAAAGGAGACAAGUCCAGGAGGAAAGACUGAGGGAACAGGAAGUUGAACGGCAGGAAAAAUUGAGACUCGAAGAAAUAUUAGCCAUGUGUGCCGAGUACGAAAAACAGAGUACCGUCGAUCAUAGGCCGAGACAACCGAACAGAAUAAAAACCAACGGUUCACUGCCCCGAGAGAAGCGGCCGGGUUACGGUUCGCCCUUCGACAGUCCGAAGAGUCCUUCGUCCGGUGGUAGCCAGGCUUCCCAUUUUUCGUUUACGGAAUCCCCUCGGCAGGGUGGUGUUUCCUACGAGAACGUGAACCUGGUGGUGGUCCAGGGUGUUCGUAAUGGGCGGGUCGAGGUGGUAACCGAUAGUAAUUCCAACGACGAUGUGAAUGUGAACGGAAACGAGAACGACGACCAGAAUCCACCGGCGUGGUCGGGGCAAUGCAGCUCACCCGGGAAUUACGAGAACAUCCGAAUCCUCCGUGGGGAGACUAAAUCCCCGAACAACGUGUACGGUAAAAUUCAACUGCAGAACGGAGCCCGCGGAGUUUCACCCGGGCGGAACAGCUACGAGAAUUUUUCGCCACCGAACGAAAACCCGGAGGAACAGGCGACCGCUGAUUCGGGAAGAAAUAACAACAACCAUCACCAAAAUUCGAGAAAUUUCCGGAACAACAGCGGUCACAUCCAGCAGCCUCCGGCCAAAAUGAACGGCCAGUUGAAGAACACCUGCGAAGUGAUAGAAAAUAAAUUAGCCAUAUCGAACGACGACCUGCUCGAGGCGAUCGAACAGCUCUCGAUGAUAUCAAAAUCGAAGGACGCUUACGCGACGCCGAAAAAGAAUAACUCCGAGAAAGACAACGCGAAAUCCAACGAGGCGAAGGCCAUCAAAGCGAGGGAGGAACUGGAAAUCGAGGACAGGAAAAAGUACGUGGAAUUUUUGCAGAACGAGAAAUUGCACAUCCACGGUAACAUGGAUGGUCUGAAGAGGAGCAUCGCGGACAUCGAUACGCAGGAGGAGGAGAUCGGCAGAGAGUUGGAAUUGGAGAAAGCUCUCCUUUCCGCCGAGUACGAGGCGGAGUCGUUGAAGCUCUCCCAGGACGAGGGUGAAAAGAUUCGCACGCAGAUGCGGAUAAACGAAUUGGAGAGAGAAAUGGCGGAGGACACGGCGACGCAGGCUAAUCUGCAAAGCGAGGCCAAGCAACGGGUCCAAAACGCUCAACAGAGUUGCUUCCGGCUGGAGGACGAGCUCCGUGAUCCGAGCAACGACGACAAGGCGCAGCAGGAAGUCGCGGAAAAACUCGCCCUCCAACAAGACCUCCUCGAAUCCGAGAGAAAGGCUUUCGAAGACCUCGAAUUUCAUCACCUAGAAGAGGAAGCCAGUAAACUCGCCACCAGAGAAGAACUGCAGAGGUAUCUGAGCGAUUUAUCCUCGAGAAUCGAAACCAGAAAGGCACAACUCAACAGUCUGGAAGCCCAAAGGUCAGCAGCAAAAAACACGGCCAUCAGGGACACCCGAAGUCUCGAAAGACAGAAAUUGGGGCACGUACGCAGGCUGGAGGAGGGUCGAAACAGACUGCGCGCGAUAGACGACGAGCUCCAAAGUCUGGCCCGCAACAAUUCCGAAAAUACCGAUGACAAGAGAUCACCGAGCAGAGAGGAUUUCGACAGGAUAUCCAGAGUGACUACCGACUCUCCUAUCGUUCAAACGAAUCAAGGUAGUCUCGGAAGAAAAACGAUCGAAUCAUUGAGAGAGAUCGAACGAAAUCGGCAGCUGCAUCUCGCCAAACAGGGAAGUCAGGUGAUUUCGGAGGAGAGGCGGAGGGUGGAAGAGUUAAAAAGACUCGCUCAGGACGAGGUGAGGACGAAAUGGGAGGAGAGAAAAAUGAACUGUGCGUCAUUCAACAGCGUCGAGUCAGGCGAGGAGUCCUCGAGUUAUUCCACGGGUGGACCGACGGAAAGCGGAAGCGGAAGUAGCGACGGUGCCGAUGGAGGAGUUAGCGAAAAAUUAUCCCCUGGAAAGUUGAGUCCUGGACCUGAACUGGAAUCCGUUUCCAGACCUGGGCCAUCCGCUGGCGCUUACACCUUGCUUCAGCUUACAAAUCCGAGAGAGGAGAAGCGGAUGUCGUCCGAGGGGGAAAGAACGAGCAGCAACAGCGGAGGGAUGCCUGAUAGUUCCGGAAGUCGACCUCACUCUCAAACGUCCAGCGAAAUGGACACUCUCGGACCCUUGCAACCCGUGAAACAUCGGGAAAAACCGAAAUUACAACAAAGACCUUUGACCCGUUAUCUCCCGAUAAAAUCGGAGUCCUUAAAUCUGAGGCACCAUAUCGAAACCGCGGGUCAUCAGCUUCAGCUAAUUCACGACGUCUCCGUCGACGUCACAACGUGUGCUGGUUACCUGUCGAAAAUGAGCAAGAAAUUUCAUCAUUGGAAUAAACGGUGGUUCGUUUUUGACAGAAAACGAAAAACACUUUCAUACUACAGCGACAGCUCGGCUAAAAAAGCUCGAGGGCUCAUUUACUUCCAGUCCAUUGAGGAAGUUUACGUCGAUCAUUUGAACAGCGUUAGAUCCCCGCAGCCGACGUUGACAUUUAUCGUGAAAACUACCGCAAGACUUUAUCACUUGAUGGCCCCAAGUCCUGAAGCUAUGCGGGUCUGGGUUGACGUAGUAUUCACAGGGGCCGAAGGAUACCACGAAUUUGAUCAUGGUGUAUGAAAAGACGUGACGUUUUAUGCCUUUGAAUUUCAUGAUUUUACCUCUCCGUGAUCCCUCUCCCUCGCAAAAAUGCAAUUCCCUGGCUAGGUAGAUGUGAGAGACGAGGAGAAAAGAGAGCAUUCAAAAGUUUGGCACUGGCCGCGCUAGGGUUUCGUUGACCAAAAAGUAUGAUUCAAGGAAUUUCAGAGUUUGGAGAAGGCUUAGCACCGACUUGAAUAAGGUAUAUUUUUUUUUUUGUUUAUCGCCAAGUGGUAUAUACUUUGUCGAUAAUCGGUAUGUUCACGUGAUGCAUGUAAGGAAAGGAGAAGAGAAAGUACGUUUAACGAUUUUAACCAAUGGUGCCACCAUUAAUAGUAACCCUUUAAUAAGGAUAAGGGCAUUAAUAGACGAUGUAACGGAAGUAUUAUUCACUGCGUGUUGAAGAUUAUUUGAUAUCGCGGACAAAUAACUUUGCGACUAAUUAUUGUUAAUAUAAAAUUGGGUACCUCGAGUCUGAGAGACUCGAUUUUCAAAAUAUCGUUUGUAAGAAGGUUUAAUCUAGUCUUCCAGUCUAAAUAAAACGAAUAAAAAUUGAGUAAUUAUUAACAUUAAUAUUGAAUGACCGCGAUCAAUUGUGCCUAUUGAAUAACUGAGCAAUCUUUCAUAUCGUUCGUAUAUGAGUAUGAAUAAUCCAUACUUAUUAUACUUUUUGCGAAGAUCAAACAUACAAGUGAUCUGGAAUGAACCAGGACAUGAAUCAUCAUUAUAUAGUCGCCGAAAUAAUUGUACAUAUAUUAUCAUGGAUGAAUGAUGAGUUAUAAUUAUAUACUUCAGUCGAUAUUUCAUAACGCGUUUUAAUAUAACAAUAUAUUAUGUAUACAAAAACAUAUCUUUAUAUUACACAAAUUAUAUAAAAUACAUCUAAAAACAUCAA